CGGCCCCAGCCGCUCCGAGCCCGUCGGCCUGCACGCCCGCCGGCGCACCUGGCCGACGGAGGAGCCAUGCACCGUGGCCCGCGCGGGAUGGAGGCGGCGCUGACGGACGUGGCCGCGGCGGAGAUCAGCGAGGAAGCCGAGUUGUCCGCGGGCGAGGAGGGCUGGCGGGCCCUGCGGACGAGCUGCGGCGGACGCGCGCUGGUGGCUUCGCUGUCGCUGCUCUUCACAUUCGUCGUGGCUGCCCUGGCGGCGAACGCUCGCGGCGUGGGGUCGCGCGAGACGGUGCCGCCGGCGCUGGUGCCGCAGAGGCUCUCCUCUGGAGGGCCAGUGCGCGUGAACGGAUGCCUCGACAACAAGCGGCCAGGCGACCCGUAUGCCGUGGCGAUCGUGUUCGCUGGCCGCCCGAAGUACAUGCGGCUGCUGGUGGCGUACCUGGACCAGCUCGUGGAGGAUUGCUCUCUCGACGAGGUGCACGUGUGGAACUUCACGAAGAGCAAGAGGGACUGGAAGUGGCUGCAGAACGUGAGCGCCAGCCGCCCAGCGUACCAGUUCAUGGAGCCCACACUGCCGGAGAAGUGGUACCGCGCG